AUGGACAUGAAUAGGCAAGCAGUGUUCAGGACAAGCAGCGACUCAUCGACAUUUGUCGACGAUGAUCGCGAGCUUGCAGCGCUCGGAUACAAGGCCAGCUUCAAGCGCGAGUUCAGUAAUCUCGCGACUAUCAGCUUUGCAUUCAGUAUCAUGGGGGUUUGCUCAUCGGUCGCGACUACAUUCAAUACUCCACUUCUGACGGGCGGUCCGGCUUCUGUCACCUGGUGCUGGCUCCUAGGCGCAACGAUGUGCAUUACGUUCGGAGCGUCUAUAGCGGAGAUCGUAUCCGCAUAUCCGACUUCUGGAGGCCUCUACACGGCCUCCGCAAAGCUGGUGCCGGAUCGUCAUCGCGCGAUCGUUGGAUGGGUCGUGGGAUGGUUGAACGUACUGGGUCAGAUCGCAGGACUAGCAUCCACCGAGUUUGGCCUAUCCAAUAUGAUCUGGGCCGCUGUUGUUAUCGCGAAAGACGGCACCUACGAGGUCACGGAUGGGAAGAUAGUAGGCCUAUUUGCUGGACUACUCUGCUUGCAUGGGCUGCUCAACUCACUCGCAACGCGCCAUCUCGCGAGAUUCGCGGCGUCUUUCGUCUUCAUCAAUGUCGGUGCAACCAUCAUCAUCAUCAUCGUCCUCCUAGCUACAACCCCGCGCCAUGAGAUGCACCCCGCUCCCUACGUCUUUGGUUCGCAGGGAAUUGUCAACGAGACGAACGGAUGGCCUGAUGGUUUGGCGUUUCUACUUGGCCUCCUCUCUGUGCAGUGGACCAUGACUGGUUAUGAUGCUACCGCGCACAUCACAGAGGAAGUACGCCGCGCCGCAUAUGUCGCGCCUGCAGCGAUUUUCAUCGCAGUCAUCGGCACCGGUGUCCUAGGGUGGCUCCUGAAUAUCACCCUCGUCAUUUGCUCCGGCAACUUGACGGAUCUCCCUGGACCUUCGGAUUCGGCCUUCCUGCAGAUCAUGGUACUACGGAUGGGCAAGGCGGGCGCACUCUUCCUAUGGACGUUCGUCUGCCUUACCGCAUUCUUCGUCUGUCAAUCUGGUCUGCAAGCCGGUUCGCGUAGUAUCUACGCGUUCUCUCGUGAUCAUGGUCUCCCCGAUCGCGGCUUCUUCAGUAGGAUAUCCCCUUACACCAAGACGCCCAUCAAUGCCAUCUGGGGAACGGCGCUCUUCAGCAUCCUGCCCGGACUGCUACAGUUCGCCUCACCUGUCGCCGUCAACGCCAUUUUCGCGCUGUGUGCCAUGGCCUUGGAUCUAUCCUACAUCGUCCCCAUAUUCCUUCGGCGCGUCUUCGAAUACCACCCCGAGGUCAACUUCAAACCCGGGCCGUUCUACCUCGGCGACGGAUUACUCGGUUGGGCGAUGAACAUCAACUGUAUAUGUUGGACCCUCUUUGUGUCCGUCAUCUUCUCGCUCCCAACGGUGCUCCCCGUCACGGGGGAGACGAUGAACUACGCGUCUAUCAUCACUGGCUCCGUCUUGAUCUCAUCUUUGAUCUGGUACUUCCUGGGCGGACGGGCGUACUACAAGGGCCCCGCGAGCGACCUGCAAGAACCCUCUCUUGAGCCGCCAUUUGACGAGGACGAGGAGAAUGGCGUAGAAGAGAUCGUCGAGAAGGAUGUCUAG